AUGUGGGAUGUGGAUGUGGGCGUGGACGUGGACAUGGGUGCAGACUUAGGCGUGUAUGAGGAUGAGCAUGCUGGUGUAGAGGCAGGUUAUGAGGAAGAAGUUUAUGAUGGUGCAGCGAAGACAUACGGCAUUGGAACAUCAUUUAUGAAGACUUUUAACUCUGAUGAGUAUGCUGUGGAGAGGAUGGAUAAUCCCUACUUCCCUUUUGCUAGCAAACCGGACUGGGAGAUGGCGGCAUUUCUUCUUCAGUCAGAGCUCAGCAUGACGGAUAUCAACAAAUAUCUUCAUCUUGAAUUUACCAGAAAAUUACCUCUCUCAUUUCGCUCUUCGAGAGAGCUUCGAGGACGUGCAGAAAUGCUACUGUCUCCUCCUCGAUGGAAGUACCAAACUGUCCUCACCAAAUUCCGGACAACAAAGACCCUUCAUGUCUUUUACCGGGAUGCCAUUGAGUGCUUACAGUUACUCCUUAUCUACGAGUCUGCUGAACGUGCGGUCCGUAUUUACUAUGGUUUCAUGACUGGUGACCGUGCUUGGGAACUUCAGGAACGCCUCCCUGAUGGUGCGACUCUGCUUGGUGUAGUCCUGUCCUCAGACAAGACUAAGGUCAGCAAUCUCUCUGGCAAUCGCUACACUCAUCCACUGCUUAUAUCUCUUGCAAAUAUCAACUCUGAGAUAUGCGGCAAAGGAUCCCUGGAAGCAUAUAUCCCCCUCACUUUGCUCCCCAUUGCAAAGUUCAUCCACAGGAAUCAAUGCAUGCGUGGCAUUCUGGCGGACCGGCUGUUCCACCAAUGUAUUGGCAUCGUUGUUGAGCCACUGGAGCAAGCUGCACAUCUGGGUGUCAUGAUGAGCAACCCAGCAGGGUUUAGUAGAUAUUGCUGCAUGCCCCUCAUCGUAGCAGUUGCUAAUUUUGUCUCGCCUUUUGAGCUCACAGCAUUCUUUGAAGAGUGCAAGCAACAUUUCCUGAAUGGUGUCCUUACACCGUUCUGGUUGGAUUGGCUUACUGCAGACCCUUCCUCAUUCCUGAUGCCCGAGCUUCUCCAUCACCUGCACAAGAUGUUCUGGGAUCACGACCUCAGGUGGUGCAUAAAAGUAAUUGGUGCGAAGGAAAUCAACUUUCGUUUUGCAUUACUUCAAAUGUGUAUUGGGUACCGCGCUUUCAAGGAAGGCAUCUCUGAUCUGAAGCAAACCUUGGGACAAGACCAUCACAAUGUCCAGUGUUAUAUCAUUGGUAUUAUUGCCAAUGCUGCCCCUGCUGAAUUCAUAACCGCCAUCCGGGCCCUUAUUGAAUUUAGAUAUCUUGCUCAAGCUCCAUGGUUCACAGAUGAAAAACUAAUUGAAUGGGAUGGAUCUCUUUGA